AUGUUGGUGCUUUUCCUUUUCAUCUUCCUCUUCUUCCUCUUCUUAUUCAAAUUCGCCACCGCCUAUGGCGAUUUCACUUUGAUGUCAAAGAAGCAUCCAAAACGCGAAUUAAUUGAAGAUAAGGUUUUUUGGAUUACUGGUGCCAGCCGUGGAAUUGGGGAAGUUCUAGCUCAACAGCUUGCGAGUUUAGGGGCCAAGUUAAUAAUCUCUGCAAGGAAUGAAGCGGACCUAAACAGAGUGAAAUCGCAGCUGAAAGGUAAGCAUGCACCUGACGGGGUCAAGAUUUUACCGUUGGAUUUAUCGUCUGGAGAAGAUUCUCUUAGGAAGGUUGUGGAUAUAGCAGAGUCCCUUUUUCCAGAUUCUGGGGUUGAUUAUAUGAUUCAUAAUGCUGCUUAUGAGCGUCCAAAAUCAUCCGUUUUAGAUGUAACUGAGGAUAGUCUCAAGGCAAUCUUUGAUGUCAAUGUUCUGGGGACAAUAACUCUUACAAAGCUCCUGACACCUUUCAUGUUGAAGAGGGGUAAAGGUCAUUUUGUUGUGAUGAGUAGCGCAGCAGGAAAGACACCUGCCCCAGGUCAGGCUAUAUACUCGGCUUCUAAAUUUGCACUAAAUGGGUAUUUCCAUUCUUUGCGUUCAGAGCUGUGUCAGAAAGGAAUUCAGGUAACUGUUGUCUGUCCUGGUCCUAUACAAACAGUAAAUAACGCAGGAUCGCAGGUUCCAUCCGAGAAGCGUGUGUCAGCGGAGAAGUGUGCUGAGUUGACGAUUAUUGCCGCAACCCAUGGUUUAAAGGAAGCUUGGAUAUCAUAUCAGCCUGUGCUAGUUGUCAUGUACCUUGUUCAGUACAUGCCAACUAUUGGUUAUUGGCUCAUGGACAAGGUUGGUAAGAGUCGAGUGGAAGCUGCUGCAGAGAAGGGAAGCACUUAUUCUUUGAGCCUACUAUUUGGAAAAAAGAAGGCAGGGUGA